AUGGAUCAAAAUUUGUUUGGAGGGGUCCCCAGGUUUCUCACCCGCCCUAAGGCAUUCUCUGUGUGUGUUGGCAAGGAUGCCACACUGAGCUGCACUAUCGUGGGCAGCCCAACCCCACUGAUCACCUGGGAAAAGGAAAAGCUGAAGCUGACAUCUGGGGGCCGCUUCAAGACCGUGGGGGAUGGAGAUGUGUACCGCUUGACCAUCUAUGAUUUAACACUGGAUGAUAGUGGUCAGUACAUGUGCCGGGCCAAAAACAGCGUUGGGGAAGCUUAUGCUGCUGUAACCCUCAAAGUGGCCCUGCCAACAGAGAUGGCUCAGACGGCCCCUGUUUUCAUAGUUAAGCCUGCCUCUACACGUGUGGAUUUGGGAGGUGAUGUUGUUUUCCACUGCCGCGUAGCAGCAUAUCCUGAUGCCAACUUUGACUGGGAAAAGGAUGGGCGCUACUUGGGGGAGACUAACCGCAUCAAGAUGGUUUCAGACAGUGACAGCAGCACCUUGAAGAUCCAGAGUGUACGUAAUCUAGACAGCGGCACCUACACCUGCAGGGCCCAGAACACUGUGGGUCGUUCAAAGGCUGCAGCAGCUCUUGUCGUAGACUCCCAGGAUUCCCGCCGCCUGGCUGGAGACAAGAGCACCUCCCUCCUCUCUCAUCUACAAAAACGCAAAGAAGAAAUGAAGAAGGACAUCACAGUCUAUCGCACUGAAGAUAGCUCCUCGGUUUCUUCCUCCACAACCAACAUCACAGAUGGUUUAGGUCUGGAAUAUGAGAUGAGAGCAUCUGCACUGGCAAAGCUGCCCAAAGGUGUGUUCACCCGUACCUGCACUGUGACUGAGGGCAAACAUGCCAAACUUAGCUGCUUUGUGACAGGUCACCCCAAACCCCAUAUUACUUGGAGGAAGGAUGGAACAAACAUGAGCGAGGGCCGUAGGCACGUCAUCUAUGAAGAUCAUGCUGAGAACUUCAUCCUCAAGAUCCUGUACUGCAAGCAGGCUGACAAUGGUCUCUAUACUUGCAAUGCUACGAAUAUGGCCGGGCAGACCUACAGUGCUGUGUUGGUGACAGUAAAAGAGCCUAAGGUCCCAUUCAGGAGGAAGCUGCAAGAUGUGGAGGUUCAAGAGAAAAAGUCAGCCACACUGACAUGUGAGGUGCCUGUCAGUGCCAGCCAUGCCAACUGGUUUAUGGAGGAAACUCAUCUGGAGCAAAAUACAAAGUAUCAUAUUGAGGAAGAAGGCACCCUGCGUCGUCUCACUAUACACAACGUCACCACCAACGAUGAUGGUGUUUAUAUCUGCGAGAUGAAAGAGGGCAGUCGCACUGUGGCUGAGCUCACUGUCCUAGGUAACAUUACUAAGAAGCUUCCUCGAAAGACAGUAGUUCCUAUCAGUGACACUGUCAUCUUCUGUGUGGAGCUGGAGCAUCCCUGCCCUGAUGUAUACUGGACCCGCAAUGGCGAGAAGCUAAAGGAAGAUUCCCGUAUUUCCAUUGCGUGUGUGCUCAGACAAUACACUCUCACAAUUAGAGAGUGCCGGGCAGAUGACUCAGGAGAGGUGGCCUUUGUGGCUGGAGACUGCAAGACGUCCACUCGAUUCUCUGUCACUGCUGCAAGGAAGCAUCCUCCUGAUCCCCCAGUUGAUGCUGUGGUGCAGAACAAGACUGACUCAUCCAUUACCAUUCAGUGGUCUCCUCCUGACAGUGAUCGCCCCGUGCCCAUCAAGAGCUACAUUGUGGAGAGGAGGAAGGUUGGCGCUCAGACAUGGCAGAGGUGUAAUGCUGGAGAAACACUUAUCUCAUCAGAGAUCACUAUCUGUAACUUCAUUGAAGAAGCCAGCUACGAAUUCCGUAUCUCUGCUGUCAAUGACUUCGGUCAGAGUCCCUACCUGGAAGUGCCUGGAAGCUUCUAUCUUGAACCCACUGCAGAAGUCAGGAAAGGCCUGAUGAACAGCACUGCAUUCUUUGGUGAGGAGUUCUCUAUCUCUGUGGAGCUGUCUGCUGUCUGUUCUGGCUUCUGGUCUCUAAAUGGCCGCCUCCUGCGCAGUGGAGGCGACUACCUCAUCACCAGGUCCAAGAACACACACACUCUGCUCAUAAGAGAAGUGACCAUGGAAAUAAACAGAGCUGAAGUCAAGUUUGUGGGUGGAGGCUCACAGAGCAGUUGCAUCAUAACUGUGAAGGUCCCUCCUGUUAGAUUCACUAAUAAGUCAGAACAGAAGAAGGAGGUGACCUGCAGUGCCCAAGACACUGCUCAGCUGACUGCUGAGGUGUCAGAAUACGAUGCACAGGUGGUUUGGAUGAAAAAUGGACGGGAGUUGAAAAUGGGCAAGAAGUAUGAAUAUGUGAUCACUGAACGGAAGCGGACCCUGAUGAUACACAAUGUUACAGAGGAAGAUGUGGGCAUAUAUGAGUGUGUUUUAGCUGAAGACAGAAUGUCCAUGCAACUCACUCUUAAAGAUGAACCUGCCAAGUUUCUGAACAAGGCCAGAGGUACCAUGGGAAUGUCAUCGACCCUUAAAGGAGAUCUUGAGCUGACCUGUGAGGUUUCUCCUGCCAGCGCAACCGUUUUGUGGAGAAAAGAUCAAGUGGAGAUCACUGAGGACCAAAGAACUACCAUGAUCUCUAAAGGGACUCAAAGGAAACUCAUUAUCAUGAAAGCCAAGAAAAGUGACGAAGGACAUUACUCCUGUGAGACAGCAGCAGAUAAAGUCACAUUCCAGGUCAAGAUAAAAGAAACUCAAGCCCAAGCUGCCUUCUCCAACAAGGAGUCAGUCCAGCAGGAGGUAAAAGCUACUAUCUCCCAAAAAGCCACUCUUAGUUGCAAUGUGUCUGACACCAAGACAGAGGUGAAAUGGUAUAAAGACGGCAAGCAGUUGAUAUCCAGUAAGACGAUAUACUCAGAAACCAAAGGCAAUACCCGUCAGCUGGUGAUUGAAAAGGUGGAGAAGAAGGAUGCUGGAGAGUAUACCUGCGAAGCUGGAGGAGAUAAGCUGGUCUUCAAGAUAUUUGUGUCAGAGCAACAGUCAGCAUUCUUCAACAAGGAAUCAGUCCAAAAGGAAGUGAAAGCCACUGUCUCCCAAAAAGCCACUCUUAGCUGUGAGGCAGUUGAUACCAAGACAGAGGUGAAAUGGUACAAGGAUGGAAAGCUGCUGACUUCCAGCAAGACAAUACAUGCAGAGUCAAAGGGCAAGAGUCGUCAGCUGGUGAUAGACAGUGUGGAGAAGAAAGAUGCUGGAGAGUACACCUGUGAGGCUGGGACUGAGAAAUUGGCCUUUAAGAUACAUGUGGCAGAAGCCCAGUCAGCCUUCGUCAGUAAAGAGUCUGUGCAGAAGGAAGUGAAAGCCACUGUCUCCCAAAAAGCCACUCUUAGCUGUGAGGUAGCUGAUACCAAGACAGAGGUGAAAUGGUUCAAGGAUGGAAAGCUGCUGACUUCCAGCAAGACAAUACAUGCAGAGUCAAAGGGCAAGAGUCGCCAGCUGAUGAUAGACAGUGUGGAGAAGAAAGAUUCUGGAGAGUACAUCUGUGAAGCUGGGACUGAGAAACUGGUCUUUAAGAUACAUGUGGCAGAAGCCCAGUCAGCCUUCGUCAGUAAAGAGUCUGUGCAGAAGGAAGUGAAAGCCACUGUCUCCCAAAAAGCCACUCUUAGCUGUGAGGUAGUUGAUACCAAGACAGAGGUGAAAUGGUUCAAGGAUGGAAAGCUGCUGACUUCCAGCAAGACAAUACAUGCAGAGUCAAAGGGCAAGAGUCGCCAGCUGAUGAUAGACAGUGUGGAGAAGAAAGAUUCUGGAGAGUACAUCUGUGAAGCUGGGACUGAGAAACUGGUCUUUAAGAUACAUGUGGCAGAAGCCCAGUCAGCUUUUGUCAGUAAAGAAUCUGUGCAGAAGGAAGUGAAAGCCACUUUCUCCCAGAAAGCCACUCUUAGCUGUGAGGUAGCUGAUACCAAGACAGAGGUGAAAUGGUACAAGGAUGGAAAGCUGCUGACUUCCAGCAAGACAAUACAUGCAGAGUCAAAGGGCAAGAGUCGCCAGCUGGUGAUUGACAGUGUGGAGAAGAAAGAUUCUGGAGAGUACAUCUGUGAAGCUGGGACUGAGAAACUGGUCUUUAAAAUACAUGUGGCAGAGGUUCAACCCAAGGCAGCUUUCUCCAACAAGGAAACAGUUCAGAAGGAGGUGAAAUCCACUCUCUCCCAGAAAGCCACUCUUAGUUGUGAGGUAGCUGAUACUAAGACAGAGGUGAAAUGGUACAAGGAUGGAAAGCUGCUGACUUCCAGCAAGACAAUACAUGCAGAGUCAAAGGGCAAGAGUCGUCAGCUGGUGAUAGACAGUGUGGAGAAGAAGGAUGCUGGAGAGUACACCUGUGAGGCUGGGACUGAGAAGCUGGUCUUUAAGAUACAUGUGGCAGAACCCCCAGCUAGCUUCUCUAACAAGGAAUCGGUCCAGAAGGAGGUGAAAGCAACUAUGUCCAAGAAAGCCACUCUGAGCUGUGAGGUUUCUGAUUCCAAGACUGAGAUCAAGUGGUACAAAGACGGAAAGUUGCUGACCUCCAGCAAAGCAGUUCACAUGGAGACAAAGGGAAGGAGCCGUGAGCUGGUGAUAGAAAAAAUGGAGAAAAAGGAUGCUGGAGAAUACACAUGUGAGGUUGGAACAGAGAAGCUGGUAUUUAAGCUGCAGGUGGCUGAUGUAGCUGCCACGUUCCAGAAGAAGUCUGUCAAGGACACGUGUAUUGUUCAAGCAAAUGAAAGCAUUGUUUUGACCACUGAGCUGACCACAGAGAGUGCUAGUGUGGGGUGGUUUAGAGAUGGUGUGGCACUCAAGGUGAGCAGCAAGUAUGAAAUGAGAAAAGACGGCCUUUCUCGUACCCUGAUAGUAAAAUCCGCCGAAUCAAAAGACAGUGGAACGUACUCCUGUCAAACUGCUGACGACAAACUAGAGUUCAAAGUCCAGGUUAAAGAUUUAGCUUUGAAGUUUGUUGUUCCUUUGAAACCUGAUACAGUGGAAUUGGGAGGUACCCUAAACCUGACUUGUGAAUUAAACCAAACCUCAGGGGAUGUUGUCUGGCACCACAAUGGUUCUGAGAUUAAACAUGGCGCCAGGCACAGUAUCAGGACAGAUGGUGCAAGGCGGGUUCUCACUGUGACUGGCAUGACUAAGGAAGAUGAAGGAGAAUACAGCUGUGAAUGUAAAAAUGACAAGACCUCUGCUAAAGUCUCCUCAAAAGCAUCCAGAGUGGUGAGGCUCACUGCCAAACUGAACAAUGUGGCUGCAAUGGAGGGAAAAGAGGCCAUUUUCAAGUGUGCUGUCAGCCCAGCAGACGCCAUUGUUAAAUGGUUCCACAACAAUAUACCCAUCACUGCUGGUCCCAAGUAUAAGAUUGAGCAUGGUGGCAACAGCCACUCAGUCACCAUCAUGUCUGUCACACAAAAAGAUGCAGGAGAGAUUAGUGUUGACGCAGAAGGCAAAAGUUGCAAAGCUACUCUGCAAGUGCAACAUGAGCCUGUCACAUUUAAGAAAAAGCUGGAGAACGUGACGGUGGAGGAGCAGAGUGAGGUGAAGCUGGAGGUGGAGCUCAGUAAGCCAUCAGAUGAAGUCAGGUGGAUGAAAAACAGUGUAGUGUUGCAGCCUGCAGGACAUAUGGAGAUUCGGGUAGACGGAGCCAAGCAGGCUCUUGUCUUCAAGAGUGUGACUCAUGCUGACCGUGGCUACUACUCCUGUGAAACUCUGGAUGACAAGACCCAGGCCAAGCUCAAUGUGGAGAUGAAGAAAAUCUUGGUAAUAAAGGGCCUGAAAGAAAUCAAGGCAAAUGAGACAGAGACAGUAACUUUUGAGGUGGAACUCAGCCAGGCUGAUGUUGAAGGCACCUGGACCAGGGAUGGGGCCAAGAUUAAGUUAGGGCCCAAUUGCCGCAUCACAGCUCUGGGAAAGAAGCAUGCCCUUACAUUGUCCAAUCUGAAGAGAGAGGAUGAAGGAACUUUUGCCUUCCGAGCAGAGGAUGUUCAUACUUCUGGCAAACUGAUUGUCACAGAACCUCCUGCUAUGAUCUCCAAGCCUAUUUUGGAUAUCAGUGUUCCAGAGAAGGAGAAGGUUACUUUUGAAUGUGAAGUUUCCAGAACAAAUGCAGAUGUUAAAUGGUUCAAGGAUGAUGUGGAAUUGAGACCAGGGAAGAACUUUGGCAUCCAUUCCUUGGGCCGAAAGCGUACUUUGGUCCUCAACAAAUGCGCCCCUGCAGAUGCAGGCACUUACAUCUGCCACACCACUGAUGAUAACACCUCUGCCAAGCUCACCGUUCAUGCCAGAGAUAUUAAGAUUGUUAAGAAGCUGGACGAUGUGGAGGUGAUGGAGAAGGAGUGUGCUUCAUUUGUCUGUGAAAUCUCACAUGAUGAAGUGGACUGCCAUUGGUAUAAACGAAAUACCAAACUCAAAGUCAGUGACAACAUCAAGAUGAGGCAAGAAGGCAGAACCUAUGUGCUGCUGUUUAAGUCUGUUUCCCCAGAAGAUAUCGGUGAGAUUAAGUUUACAGCUGAAAAGGCCUCUUCUACUGCAAAACUUAAAGUUAAAGAGCUUCCUGUCAAGUUUGUGAAGAAACUCAGGGAUAAGAUAGCGAUGUAUAAGCAUCGUGGUCAUCUCGAAUGCCAAGUGUCGCGUGCCAGUGCAAAGGUGAAGUGGUACAAGAACAAGAUGGAGAUCAAACCCAGCAAGAAGUACGGGAUCCAAAGUGAAGAUGUGUACCGAAAACUCACCAUCAAUGAUGUGGAGUCCGGGGAUGAAGACACAUAUACCUGUGAUGCCACUGAUGACAAGACAUCCUGUAAACUGCUUGUGGAAGAACAGUCCAUAAGCAUUGUGCGGGAGCUUAGUUCAGUAGAAGUGACAGAACCCUUUGCAGCUGUCUUCGAAGCUGAAAUCAGUAUGGAACUGGCGAAACCUCCUAUUUGGACUCUGAAUGGAGUUGCUGUUCAGGAGAGUGCUGAUGUUGAGAUGGAGAAGGAGGGCACAAUGCAGCGUCUCACUUUCAAAAAGACCAAAGCAUCAAUGACAGGACCUGUGCAGUUCACAGCUGGAAAGAGCAAGUCUCAGGCCCAGCUCACAGUCAAAGAGCGUCCACUUGAGAUUGCAGAGCCCAUCAAAGAUGUGAAGGCGAAGGAGAAAGGCUCUGCCAUACUCACCUGCAAAUUUUCUGCCUCGCCCAAAGAGAUUAAUUGGUUCAAAGGUCAGGUACCUUUGACAGCAUCCGACAAGUAUAACAUUAAGCAAGAUGGUACAAGGGCUCAACUUACAAUUCAAAGGUUGACUGAGGAAGACAGUGGAGAGUACCGCUGUCAGUCAGGACCCGCAGAGACUAAAGGCAACCUCACUGUUGAAGUGCGUGAAAUGAAGAUCACCAACCACUUGGCUGACACAGAGGUUGAUGAAGACAAUGAUGCAACAUUUAUAUGUGAGAUUAACUAUGCAGAUGAAGAGGUACAAUGGCUUCUGAAUGACAAGGUGCUCUUCACUAAUGAAGUCAAUACCAUAAUCCAUGAGGGAAAAGUUCACAAGCUCUCUCUUAAGAACUUGUCACCUCAGGAUGGGGGAACUAUCACCUUCCAAGUCCGCAAAUUGAAAGAGUCUGUCACACUGAAAGUUAAAGAGAAGCGUGCCGUGUUCCUCAAGUCUCUGGACGAUGUCAUUGGAGAGGAGAAAGGCAUGAUAACUCUGGCAUGUGAGGCCUCCAAGCCCAGGGUUUCCCCCAUAUGGAAGAAAGAAGGUAAGGUUUUGAAGGCUGGACCAAAGUAUGAGCUCCUUCACACAGGCAAGUCUUUGGGAUUGAUCAUCAAGGAUGUCACCAAAGAAGAUGCUGGAGAGUACAGUUGUGAUCUUGGAACUGAAGUUUCUAAGUCAAAGGUUACUGUAAGAGAAAUUGGCAUUGGAAUCACCAAAUGGCUGAAGUCAGCUGAGGUGAAUGAGGGAGAGACCUGUAGCUUUGAGUGCAUCUUAUCUCGUGAGAGCACAGAUGAGUACUCCUGGACUCUUAAUGGCCAAACAAUUACAAAUGAAGGCCGCUUCAAGAUCUCCAGUAAAGGACGCAAGUACAUGCUGACCAUUAAGGAUGUCACCCCUGCUGAUGCUGGAGAGGUGGUCUUCAACCUUACAGAGCUGAGUUCUAAAACAACAUUAGCAGUUGAAGGAAAAGCUUCAUCUGUGUCGAAGGAACUUGAGAAUGUUAGUGUUGUUCAAGGAGAAGAAGCUGUAUUUACCUGUGAAGUGACACAAACUACUUCCACUGUGAUAUGGACCAAGGAAAGCAAAGUCAUCAAGAAGAGCCAGAAGUAUGACAUCUGCCAAGAGGAUAGGGUCAUGAAGUUGAUCAUCCAUAAUGUCUCUGCUCAAGACUCCGGAGAGUACAGCUGUGAAGUUGUUGGAGGUGCAACCACAAAGGCCAAGCUGGAGAUCAAGGAGCUAAUCCAUACAUUUACUAAAGAACUAAAGGACAGCCAAGCAGAUGAGAAGAGCUCUGUGACUUUGCAAUGUGAGACUGCACAAACCCCAUCUGCAGUGAUAUGGCUUAAAGGUCACACAGAGCUCAAGGCCGGAGGUCGAUAUGAGAUGUCCCAGAAGGAGGGAGUCUUAACUCUCAGCAUCAAACAUCUGGAGGAAAAUGACACAGAUAUCUACACUUGUGACGUGGGCACUGCCAAGAGCAUGUCAAAGGUGACAGUCAAAGCAUUACCGCCGACCUUUACACAGAAGCUAGAGAGCCAGAAAGCUGAGGAGGGAGCUGACAUUAUUCUUCGUUGUGAGAUCUCUAAACCUGGAGUCCCAGUGGAGUGGAAGAAGGGAACAGAAGUCCUGAAGUCUGGAGAAAAGUACCAGAUGAAGCAGACGGCCUCUGUGAAUGAACUUCUGAUUAACAUUGUGGUGCCAGAAGACAGUGGAGACUACAGCUGCAUGUGUGGAGACCAGAAGACCACGGCCAGUCUCAAAGUUAAGGCUCAACCAGUGACGUUCAAACAGAAGUUGGAAGGCCAGGAGGCGGAGGAAGGAGGUAGUGUUACUUUAAGCUGUGAGAUCUCUAAACCUGGAGUCCCAGUGGAGUGGAACAAGGGAACGCAGAUCUUGAAGGCCGGAGAUAAGUACCAGAUGAAGCAGACGGCCUCUGUGAAUGAACUCCAGAUCACUAAAGUGGUGCCAGAAGACAGUGGAGAUUAUAGCUGUAUGUGUGGAGACCAGAAGACCACUGCCACCCUCAAGAUCAAGGCCCAACCAGUGACGUUCAAACAGAAGUUGGAGAGCCAGGAAGCUGAGGAGGGAGCUGACAUUAGUCUUCGUUGUGAGAUCUCUAAACCUGGAGUCCCAGUGGAGUGGAAGAAAGGAUCACAAGUCCUGAAGUCUGGAGAAAAAUACCAGAUGAAGCAGACGGCUUCUGUGAAUGAACUUCUGAUUUCUAAAGUGGUGCCAGAAGACAGUGGAGACUACAGCUGUGUGUGUGGAGACCAGAAGACCACUUCCAGCCUCAAGAUCAAGGCUCAACUGGUGACCUUCAAAGAAAUGUUGAAGAGUCAAGAAGCUGAAGAAGGGGCUAGUGUCACUCUGCGCUGUGAGAUCUCUAAACCUGGAGUCCCUGUCGAGUGGAAAAAGGGAACGCAGGUGCUGAAGUCUGGAGAAAAGUACCAGAUGAAGCAGACGGCUUCUGUGAAUGAACUUGUGAUCUCUAAAGUGAUGCCAGAAGACAGUGGAGACUACAGCUGUGUGUGUGGAGACCAGAAGACCAUAGCCAGCCUCAACAUUAAGGCCCAACCAGUGAUCUUCAAACAGAAGCUGCAGAGUCAGGGGGCAGAGGAAGGAGCCAGUGUUACUCUGCAAUGUGAGAUCUCUAAACCUGGAGUCCCAGUGGAGUGGAAGAAGGGAGCGCAAGUACUGAAAGCUGGAGAAAAGUACCAGAUGAAGCAGACGGCCUCUGUGAAUGAACUUCUGAUUAACAAAGUGGUGCCAGAAGACAGUGGAGACUACAGCUGUGUGUGUGGAGACCAGAAAACAACAGCCAACCUUAACAUUAAGGCCCAACCAGUGAUGUUCAAACAGAAGUUGGAAGGCCAGGAGGCAGAGGAAGGAGCUAGUGUUACUUUACACUGUGAGAUCUCUAAACCUGGAGUCUCAGUGGAGUGGAAGAAGGGAGCGCAAGUACUGAAGGCUGGAGAUAAGUACCAGAUGAAGCAGACGGCCUCUGUGAAUGAACUCCAGAUUGCUAAAGUUGUGCCAGAAGACAGUGGAGACUACAGCUGUAUAUGUGGAGACCAGAAGACUACUGCCAGUCUCAAGAUCAAGGCUGUGAAGCCAUCAGCUCCUCCCUCUGCUGCUGAACCUGAAUCUAGGAAGGAGGCCGAUAAAACAAAGCUUGAAGCUCCAUCUGUAGUUGCUAAAGACAAGCUGGAGAGGCAGGAGAUAAAUGAGACAGUAGAAGCUGUGACACUGCAAACCACUGGAGAGACUCCAACACAGCAGCUCCUGAAACAGGAGACUCAGACACAGGAGCUCAAAGUUGGAGUUGAAGAAUCUCCAACUCUUCCAGUCAUAUUUCUUCGAGAUGUGGAAAGUCAAGAGGCUGAGGAGGGAAGCAGUGUUACUCUGCACUGCGAGCUUUCUAGAACUGGACUCUCUGUCGAGUGGAAGAAGGGAAGUCAAGUCCUGAGUUGUGGAGAAAAGUACCAGAUGAACCAAACAGGAUUCAGUUAUGAAUUACAGAUCUUUGAUUUGAGACCUGAAGACACAGGAAGCUACUCUUGCUCUUCAGAUGAUGCAAUCAGCUCAGCCUCUCUUACAGUAAAUGCUCUCCCAGUUACUUUCACAAAAGAGCUGGAGAGUCAAACAACUAAUGAAGGGGACAGUGUCACUCUGUGCUGCGAGCUCUCUAAACCUGGUGUUCCUUUGGAGUGGAGGAAAGGAGAACUUGGUCUUUGCCCAUGUGCCAAGUAUGAAAUUAGACAGACGGAACACCUCAACACACUAGUGAUCCAUGAUGUAGAUGUAGAGGAUGCUGGAUGUUACACAUGUGACACUGUUGAUCAUCAAAGCACUGCACAACUAACUGUGAAGGCCCAGCUUGUCCUUUUCAAAACCCAGCUGCAGAACCUUGAAAAACAGGCAGGGGAGAGCGCUAGCCUUUGCUGUGAGACCACAAAGCCAGGAGCCAGUGUGAUCUGGAGGUGUGGUGACAGGGUGCUCGCAUCCAGCAGCAAGUAUCACCUAAAACAAGAAGGGACGGUAGUAGAGCUUGUCAUCUAUAGACUUCAGGGAGCUGACUCAGGAGAGUAUUCAUGUGAUACAGGCAGUCAGAGGACUUCAGCUGUCCUCACUGUGCAGGAGGUUGAGGUUACAAUACUUAAAUUCUUGGAGAGCUGCGUCGUAUCUGAAGGUGAAGAUGUCCACUUCAAGUGUCUGGUUUCUCAUGAAGAGGCACCUCUGGUCCAGUGGAAACUCCAGGACGUCCCACUACAGAAUAACGAAAUGAAUCUUAUUGAGACUGAAGGCCGGUCGCACAGCCUCACACUGCGUGGUGUCACCACAGCUGACUCAGGCACAGUCACUUUCUCGGUGGGUAACCACACAUCCACUGCCUCUCUGACAGUCAGAGCUGCAGCUGUAUUAUUCAAGAAGGAGCUGGAAAGUCAAGAGGCCACAGAAGGCGACAAAAUCACUCUGUCCUGCGAGACAUCCAGCCCUGAUUGCAAGGUGACCUGGCAGAAGGGCUCGAGUCUGCUUACUCACGGGGAGAAGUAUACUAUGGAGCAGAGAGCCACCACUCACAGCCUGGUUAUACACAAGCUGAAUUUGGAGGAUAGUGGAGAGUAUACCUGUGAUACAGGCGACAAGAAAAGCACUGCUACUGUGACUGUGAAAGAACAUGUGCGCAUCAUCCGGGAACUCUGUGAUAUGACUGCGACCACUGGGCAGGAUGCUGUCUUUGAAGUCGAGUUGUCUCACUCGGGUGUAACAAAUGGGGAAUGGUGGCUCGGAGACAAUCUCCUUCAAAAUAAUGAUCUGAAUCAAAUGAGCAUCCAUGGUAGAGUGCACCGUUUGGCCUUGAAGAUGGUAACCACAGAUGAAUCAGGAGAUGUCGCCUUCGUAGUGGGAGAAGAGAAGAGUGUGGCCUGUCUGCAAGUGAAGGAGAAACCCAAAGUGCUAAUACUAGAGAAGCCACAUGACACUGUGGCAUUAGAGGGUGAAACUGUCACUCUGGCCUGCACCAUCUCUGACUCCAAGGCUAAUGUCACCUGGAUGAGAAACAACACAGCCAUCAAAGCAGGUCUCAAGUAUGACCUGAGGAAAAAUGGAGCAUUCCAACAGCUUCGGAUCCACAACCUGGUGCCUGAGGAUUCAGGAACGUACACCUGUGACACUGGAGAUGCACAGUGUGACGUCACCUUGACUGUGGAAGGGGCCCCAGCAGUCUUCCAGAAGGAGCUCAAGAACCUGGAUGCCAUGGAGGGUGAUGACACUACUCUUUGCUGUGAGCUGUCUAAGCCAGGUGUUCGUGUUGAGUGGAGGAAAGGAGGCAAGAUCCUCCAGCCUGGUAAGAAGUAUGAGAUGAGGCAGGAAAGGUGCAUUCAAGAGCUCUGUAUACGGAACCUGGAGCUGGAAGACUGUGGCUACUACACCUGUGACACAGGAGAGCAGCUCACUACAGCCUCUUUGGCAGUGCAAGUGAAAGAAGUCUUCAUUGUGUGUGGUCUUAAGACCACUGACGUCUUUGUUGGAGAAUGGGCAACCUUCUCCUGCCAGCUGUCUGAUAAGGCACCUGGCAAGGUGCAGUGGUGGUUGGAUGGCAAUUUGCUGGAGAACAGCCCUUUUAGUGAGAUAGAGCUGAACGAGAGCCACAUCCAUACACUCACCUUAAAGAACCUGGCCACAGAUGACUCUGGCACUGUCACGUUCAAAGCUGGCAGUUUAACAUCAACAGCCAAGCUCCUAGUCAAAGAUCCCACAGUUGAAGUGGUGAGUGACAUGGAGGACCUUCGGGUGGUCGAAAACCAACCGGCUGAGUUCAUCUGCCAGUUCUCAAGGCCAGUCAAGGCUCAAUGGAAGAAAGACGGGCAACCAUUGCAGCCUGACGGCCGAAGGGUGGUGGUGGAGCAGGACUGGAAUGUGGCUCGCUUGUACAUUAGCCGAGUGUCCGCUGUGGACAAGGGCACAUACUCCUGUGAAGCAGAGGGGACCUGUGUGGUAGCUUCACUUCAUGUGGAAGCCAAACCCAUUGAGAUUGUCCAGGGCCUGGAGAAUAUGGAAACCUUUGAUGGAGGUGAAACAUUGUUUGAGUGUGCCCUCUCUCGUCCUGAGAGCAAAGAUUGCUGUUGGCUUCUUGAUGGGAAACCAGUGAAAGAAUCACCUAAUGCCGAGAUUGUGUCAUUUGAGAGUGGUCGUCGUCACCUGCUCCUGCUCAAAGAGUUGAGUGUUAAAGACAGUUGCACAGUGACCUUCAAAGCUGGUACAGCGUCCACAUCUGCCCAACUCUCUGUCAAAGGCUGGCAGCUGGAAGUUGCAAAGGGUCUGGAGGACAAGGUUGCUGCAGUGGGAGAGAAGGUUGAGUUUUGUGUUGAGUUGAGCGAGCCUGUCCCUGGAGCAGAAGUAGCCUGGUAUGCCAAUGGAAUCGAGCUCAAGCCUAGUGACCUCUGGGCUAUGAGGGCUGAUGGCUGUUCUUAUUGCCUUGUCCUGAGACAGGCACCUCUUUUGCCCCAGCAGGAAAUUACAUUCGCAGCUAGAGAUGCUCUCUCUUUGGCCAAGCUCACCAUUGUCACUAUACCGGAUCCUCCAGAGGACCCAGAGGUCCUCAGUAAGACUCAACAGUCUGUCAGCCUUUCUUGGUUCACUCCUCUACAUAAUGGAGGGAGUCCCAUUCUGGGCUAUAGGGUGGAGAUGCGGCUGGUAGACAGUGCCCUCUGGCUCCCAUGCCAUUCUGAACCUGUGUGCAACACAGAGUUUUUGGUUGAAAAUCUUCUUCCAGGGAGUAGCUACAGGUUUAGAGUGGCAGCCAUCAACAGAGCUGGGAUUGGAGAGCCUGUUGAGCUGCCUCAGACUGUGCAGCUUGAGGCAACACCAAUAGAGUCUGAAAUAAUGAAGCAGCCCAGUCUGCCCCCUGAAGCUGCAGAAGAAGGUGAUGUCCAUGAAUUAUGGGAGGCAUCAGCAAAGAAACGACGCAUGAGUCGAGAGCCCACUCUGGAUUCCAUCACUGAACAGCCCGAAGAAGAUGGUAAAGGUGGUAAAAAGAAAUCAGAACAGAAAGAGGAGAAAGUGGAAACAAAAUCAACAGAGAAGGUGCAGGCCAUUGUUACUAAAACAGAGUCCAGUUUGUUCACCAGCUCUGAGGAUGAGUCAGUGACUGGGGGUCCAACGCUUGUGUCCUACCUUAAGAAAAGCAGCAAGACUUCUUCUGUCACAGCAGCAGGUGAGUCAGAGACUCUGGCCACUGAUAGGUUCUUUGCACAUUUCCAGAUGACAGAGCAGAAAACAGUGCAGCAGACUGAAGUGAAAACAACCAUAAUUCAGCAGACAGAUACAAAACAAGUGUCUACAGAGGAGACUAACAUCAUGGAGAUAAGUCAAGGUGAUGAGCCUGAGCUCAGAGAUGCUGCUGUUAAGAUUCAAGCUGCCUUUAAGGGCUACAAGACCCGCAAAGACAUGCGUCCUGUCUUCAAAGAGGUAUUCAAAGACCAGACCAAAGAACCUAGUGGCACCAUACAUCUGGAAUGUGUGGCAGAAGGUAAACCAGAUAAGGUGCGCUGGCUGAAGGACGGAGAACCACUGACGGAUGGCAAGCACCACCAUAUUGAUAUCUACAAUGAUGGUACCUGCUCACUGGUCAUCACUGCCAUCACCACAAAGGAUACUGGAGUUUACACCUGUGAAGUCACCAACAAGUUUGGAGUCACCUCUCAUAGUGGUAAAGUGACAGUGGGAACAGUAAGAGAGUCAUCUGGGCGACGGCCACUGACGGUGGGCUACAGUGCUGACAGCGAGCCUGAGAGCUCGUCAGGUAGUGAGAUGGAUGAGUCACUGAGGCAGGCAAGCAGACGCCUCCGGCGCUUGUUGCGUUCAAGUCUCCCUCCAAAUGUGGAGGAAGAACCAUUUGUCAGUGCAGAUGAAGGAGACCUGCAUCCCCCAGAUCCUCAUUCUUAUCGUGAGGAUGACAACUACAUUUACAUUCGCUUUGAUUCACGAACAGAGGCUGAGGUCGCCUCCAAGAGGUUCCAAGAGAUGUUUACAAUCCAUGGGGUUCCUGUAGAGACCACCAUCCUGGAGGCAGGUCUUUUCAAAGUGGAGCUGCGAAUUAAAAAGAUGGGCUACUCUGAAGAUGGCACAGAGACCCCUACACAAGAUAGAGAGCCUCCUGCAUUCAUGACUGGAGCCCCUGCUGCCCCAGUCUUCCUGACAGAGCUACGGAGCCAGGAUGUUCCAGAUGGAUAUCCAGUUAGCUUUGACUGUGUGGUGAUUGGCAAGCCCUCUCCCACCAUUCGCUGGUAUAAGGAUGGCAAAUUGCUGGAGGAGAAUGACCAUUACAUGAUCAAUGAAGACCAGGAGGGCUGCCACCAACUAAUUAUCACCACUGUGCUGCCCACUGACAUGGGUGUCUAUCGCUGUACAGCUGAAAACAGCAGCGGCAUUGCAGCCACUAAGGCUGAACUCAGGGUUGACAUGUCUUGCAGCUCAGAUUAUGACACUGCUGCUGAUGCAACUGAGACAUCUUCCUAUGUCAGUGCCAAGGGCUACCUGUCCAGCAGGGAAACUGAGACCUUUGAGUCUGUGACUGAAGAUGAUCAGUUACCACAAGUUGUGGAUGAACUUCAUGAUGUUCAUGUCAGUCCAGGUGCACCUAUUGCAAAGAUGCAGCUCAGAGUUAAGGGCUUCCCCAAACCCAGAAUAUACUGGUUCAAAGAUGGCCAUCCUCUGCGGGCCUCAAAAAGGAUUCUGUUGCAGGCAGGGCGAGAUGUUCAUGGCGUGGAGAUCCUGGAGGUGAAGAAAGAGGACAUGGGGGAAUACUCUGCUUAUAUCAGCAAUGCAGCCGGUUCUGCUUACUCCUCUGCCCGACUGAUUGUCCUAAAACCAGGGGAAAUUAUGCCUCAAGAUAAAAAAGACCCCAAAGAACCCCUAGUGCCACCACGCUUCCUUGAAAGAUUCAGUAACAGGAAGGUGAAACACGGAACCAGCAUCACUCUGUCUGUCAAAGUAGAAGGGUCUCCUACUCCUAUGGUCUCCUGGCUAAAGGAGGAAUCAAUUGAGGAUGUCCUGUGGAUCAAGCCUGAUACCAAGGGGUACAAAAUAGCGAGUUCCGGGUGCCAGCACAGCCUCAUCUUGAUGGAUGUGGGAACAGAGUACACUGGUGCCUAUACGUGUAUCGCCACAAAUAGGGCAGGACAGUCCAUCUGCACAGCCCACCUCGAGGUGGAUGACACACCACAACCAAAGCAAGAGACCAAAGUCACAGAGGUUCUUGGGAUUACAGUUAGUCCUCCAGAGGAUGAGGCUAACAGAGGAAAAGAGGGUAAAAUGCCCUACCUAGGGGAAGUUGGUACAGAGGAAUUCCUCAUGAAACUCACCUCCCAGAUUACUGAAAUGGUAUCAGCCAAGUUCACUCAAGACAGCUCACAGAAUCACGAAGUGCUCCAGUGGAUGAAAACUUGGCCCAAAGCUACCACUUCAUUACGCGUACCAGGUGCUGACAGUGAUGACGAGACUAAGACCCCUUCUCCAUCACCUCAUCACGGUCGCUCUCGUCCUCCCUCCCUCAUUGCGGACUCCUCCUCUGAGUCUGAUGAGGGGGAUGCCAGAGGAGAGAUGUUUGACAUCUAUGUGGCAACGGCUGACUACAACCCCACCAUUGCAAGCAAAGAAUCCAUCUCCCUGAAGGAGGGGCAGUAUGUUGAGGUUUUGGAUUCAGCUCAUCCACUCAAGUGGUUAGUCCGGACCAAACCCACUAAAACUACACCAUCUCGCCAAGGAUUCGUCUCACCUGCCUACCUGGACAGGAAACUAAAACUCACUGCUGAUACAGGUGAUCUUCCAGAAACGAAUGUAGAGGAGGUAUCUGAGGGAGAAUACAAGAGAAAAUUAUUCCAAUUGAUUCAGGACUUGGUCAAAGGUGAAUCAGAGUUUGUGAAAGAGGUGAACUUCUUUACCUCCCAUCACCUGAAGCAUGCAUACUGUGCUGAUGCACCACCGGAUGUCAGCAGCCACAAGAAAGACAUAUUUAGGAACAUUGAUGAUAUCAAGGCCUUCCACAGCAAUGCCUUCCUCCCAAAGUUAAAUGACUGUGAGACAGAUGAUGAUAUUGCCAUGUGCUUCCUGAAGAACAAAGAGGGCUUUGAGCAGUACCUCCAGUAUCUUGUAGGUCAGCCUCAGGCUGAAUCUGCCCUCAGUGACAAGACUGUCCACUGCUUCUUUAAGGAGUACAGUGAGAAAGAGCAAGCCACUGCAGACCCGGCAGGUCCUCCUGUACGCAGCAUCAACACCUACGUCCAACAACCACUGGACAGGAUUCAGAAGUACAAGGCCUUCCUCAAGGAGCUCAUUAGAAACAAGGCGAGAAAUGGUCAGAACUGCUGCCUCCUGGAAGAAGCAUAUGCCAUGGUCUCUGCACUUCCUCAGCGCUCUGAGAAUACGCACCAUGUCUCCAUGAUUGAGAACUAUCCUGCAACCCUUGAAGUACUAGGAGAGCCACUUAGACAGGGACCUUUCCAAGUGUGGGAGGGAGCUCCUGGAAUUAGGACGUCCUCUAGAGGUCACCACCGCCACGUCUUUCUCUUUAAGAACUACUGUGUAAUCUGCAAACCCAAGAGAGACAGCAACACUGAUACACAAGCAUAUGUCUUCAAGAACAUGAUGAAGCUGAACAACAUCGAUGUGAAUGAGACAGUGGAGGGUGACGACCGUGCUUUUGAGAUCUGGCAUGAACGCGAGGACACAGUCAGGAAAUAUACCUUGCAGGCCAAAACCGUUACCAUCAAAAACUCAUGGCUGAGAGACUUCAGAGAACUACAGCAGCGAUACAGCAUGCCGGCUUGGAGUCCCCCAGACUUUGAUGAAAUUCUGGCAAAUUGCACAGCGGAACUGGGACAGACUGUUAAACUGGCCUGCAAAGCCACUGGAGUACCCAAGCCUGUGGUCACCUGGUACAAGGAUGGACGUGCAGUGGAGGCAGAUCCUCAUCACAUUAUUAUUGAGGACCCAGAUGGUUCCUGCACGCUGAUCCUCGAUAACAUGACAGCAGACGAUUCUGGCCAGUACAUGUGCUUUGCCACAAGUCCAGCCGGCAAUGCCAGCACUCUUGGCAAGAUCACUGUUCAGGUGCCUCCUCGUUUUGUUAAUAAAAUGAGGAACGCUAUCUUUGUUGCUGGUGAGGAUGCUCAGUUCACCUGCGUCAUACAGAGCGCUCCCAGCCCCAAGAUCAGGUGGUUCAAGGAUGGCAGGCUGCUGACUGAUCAGGAAAAGUAUCAGACCUACAGUGAACUCCGUAGUGGAGUUCUGGUCUUGGUAAUAAAAGGCCUAACGGAGAGAGACCUGGGACACUAUGAGUGUGAGUUGUCCAACCGUCUCGGCAGUGCCAAGUGUGCUGCUGAUUUAAUUCCACCCUCCGCUGUGGCUCGCAGUGGUGAGCAGGCAAUCAGAAUUGAAGUUACAGAGCAGGAGACUAAAAUACCAAAGAAAACCAUAAUCAUUGAGGAGACUAUAACCACUGUGGUGAAGAACCCACGUAUGAGGAGGCACAGGUCCCCUGGCUUGACUCUAGCUGGAACCCACCGCUUAGAGACUGCCACCCCAGAGCCCCCCACAGCCAGGCAAAGGAGGAUACCCACUCCGAGAAAGACCACCAUCCCAACCCUCUAUGUUACUGAGCCUCAAGGUGCUGAGGCCAGGGUCACGGAGAGCAAGCCCAAGUGGGUUGAGGUAGAGGAGGUCAUUGAGUACAAAGUCAAUAAAUCUCCCAGGAUGCCCAGGAGGAGAGGCAUCUCACCAGCAGCGUCUGAUCGUGCAGCCACUCCCUCCAGACCCAAAAGGUCUCCACCAGAAAACCCAAAUGCCAACAAUUCCAACAACAAGCUGGUGGAGCAGGCACAGGCCCAGCUGCAAGGAGACAUCAGCAGCCAGCCACUCUCUUGGGAAGACGAGGAGGGUAGCGCUCCCUCUGGUUCUGUCGCUGCAGUCAUCGGGGAGCCGCAUGAGCUCUCAUCUGUCCUUACCACAGCUGUAGAGGACAGUGAGGACCUGGAUGACCAACAAACUGUCAUUUUUGAGCCCGAUGAUGAAGAUAAUGAUCUUGACCUUUACAGGAAGCAGGAACCGAAGAUCCUGACACACGGAGACCGUGUUUUGACACUCGAGGACCUGGAAGACUACGUCCCAGAAGAAGGAGAGACCUACGGCUCCUCCAGUACCCACCACACCCCUGUUGAAAAGCCCUGUGAGAUCUCUGUGCUCCAGAGGGAGAUUGGCGGAUCCACAGUGGGACAGCCGGUGCUCCUCAACGUGGGUCGCCCCGUCGUGGUCCCGAGGCAGAGGAGCAGCUUCUUUGGUCGCUUCAGGGAUCAACUCUCCAGCAGCCUUUUCUCAUCUGCUGUCCCCCAAGCCAGUGGAGCCCGGUCUAGAACGGAGAGGCACGUCCCCAUUCAAGUGAGCCACGCAAAGCUGGAAGUGAAGCCUUCAUACUGCUCAGAGGUGCAGAGAGUUGAAGGUGGGCAGCAGAGCUUUAAAACCAAAGUGUCAACUCAGACCUACGGCUAUACAUCAGUGGGGAACCCAGUCACUCUUCAAAUUAGUGAUAAUCUUUAUCAGAACCAGUAGCUUUAAAAUAACUGGGCUAUAAGAAAAGAUAAUUUACUGACACAAACCCUCUUAGUCUUAAAUGGGGACAUUUCUACUUACAUGAUGAAUAAGACAUAUCCUAACCUGAAGUAUAUUUACUGCAUUUGACAAACCAUUCCAUUUUGAAGCUACCCAUCAGAAAAUAGGCUCAUCAGGUCUUUUUCUUGUCAAAUGGUUAGAGUCAGAUGGUCUCUUAGGCGUUUAGACAAUUUUAUAGACAAUAUUCUAAAGAAGAGAGAAAACGUAGGUAUAAAUUAUGUCACUGUAAGCAGGUUUCAGUCCCACACUGUUCAGUUAUGACAUUUCAGUAUGUGUUGUAUAAUACAUAGUGGACAGUAGCCAAGAAACCGAGGCUUGACAUUUGACUGAUGGACUUUUGAAGGCUCUAAUAUUACAAAAUGUUCAGUUACACAUAGUUUCACAAAGUCAUGAAUACAGGCAGUAUACUUAGUGAUGCUUUAUACAUAAACAAAUAGCUAUAUAUUUCCAUACACAGUAUAUAUUUUUGGUAUUUACUUUUGUACCUUUCAAGAAAUGCUACCUUUUUCACUUUUGCAGUUACCAAUUCCUGGAACAGCAAAAGUUGGAGUUAAUGAAUAUUAAUGAGGUCAAGUAUACACCUUUCUAUUACUGUAUUGCAAUAAGUUAAUUUAAAUAAUGCAAUACUCAUUAUGUCAACCUGAUAACAGACCUUUGGUGACUGUUGUGGUUCAUGAUCAGUUGUUAAAGUUUAACCAAAGGCUGUCAAAUAUACUCAACCUCCAACGUUAUCAAAAAUAAGUUCACAACACCUUUGUUAGGGAAUGAUUUUGAAGGUGAGCAGCAAACAUGACAUUACUACAAGCAAAUCAUUUGUUAGGUAGACUGACACAACAGAUCUCACAUGACUGUUGCAAUUAUAUAAUUUAUUUGUGUGAAACAGAUGUUUCUACAUUGAUUGUGAAUUUCACGCAGUACUCAGUUUGUAGACAUAUGUCUGUUAAUGCGGUGCAGUGCCAUGUGAACUCACAGGAUAAUCACAGGGAUAUUUCAGUGUAAGUGAUAUAUAGUUAGAUGAGUGACUGCAUGUAUCUGCUUUUCCAAAGCAGUUGUUUAUUCAAAGUAAUGUCAUGUUGUAUUUAAUAACAAAAAAAUGUUUGUGCCAAGUACAGAAUUUACUACCUUCAUUAUGCAAUUUAAAAGUGUCUAGAAUGAUUUCCUCCAUAAUUAUGUGUGUGUGUGUGUGUUGUUUAAAGAUUUUUUAGUCAGUUACAAGGAUCAUGUUAUGUAUUUUAGUGUUACAGCACUAACAGAUUGUAAUCGCUUGCACAUGUGUAGUUUUUGAAAGACAUGUUUGUCUUCCAAAAGUGUUCAAUCUGAAUUAAAUUAAUGUACUGCAAAUUA